AUGGCGACACGCAUCCCCCGAAUAGCCAUCACCUCCCUCCUCAACCGUAGCCGGCCCCGACGCGCCCCCCCGAUCAACCUCCGACUUCUCCCUCGACCGCUACACACCACCAGCCCACCCCAUCACCCAAAACCACCCCCCAAAGCCUCCCACCUCGCCAGCCUCCUCCUAACCACCUCCCUCCUCCUCACCCUCCCUCUCCUAUCCAAAUCCGAAACCUCCUCCCUCGACCCUUCCCCCUCCCCCUCCCUCCCGCUCUACCACCUCUCCGAAAUCCACCAGUCUCACGGCCCCACCUCCCCCGAACCAUGGGUAACCCUCAACAACAAAGUCUACAACAUCACCUCCUGGCUCCCCGCCCAUCCAGGCGGGGACAUCAUCCUCCGCGCCGCCGGCGGCUCCCUAGAGCCCUACUGGGAAAUUUUCACCAUCCACAACUCCCCUCACGUCAAAGAGAUCCUAGAAGAGUAUCUAAUCGGGUACAUCCACCCCUCCGACCUCGGCCCAGACGGGAAACCACCCGCCACGAGCAUCGAAGACCCAUUCGUAAACGAUCCGGUGCGGGACAAAAGACUUAUAACGCACACUUACAAGCCUAGGAACGCGGAGCCGCCUAAUCAGGAGCUGGAUAAGGGGUUUUACACCGAGAAUGGGAUGUUUUAUGUGCGGCAUCAUAUGUGGGUUCCUGAAGAGGAUGGGGGGGAGUUGGUGGUGGAGUUGCCUGAUGGGGAGGAGAGGAGGUAUACGAUUGGGGAGCUGAAAAAUAGAUUUAAAACGGAGAGGGUUACGGCAACGUUGCAGUGCAGUGGAAACAGGAGGAAUGACAUGACGCGACACGCAGGGAAAACGAACGGGUUGCAGUGGGGGGUCGGCGCGAUAAGUAACGCGGUUUGGGAGGGCGUGAAGCUGAAAGAUAUCCUAAAAGAUGCUGGGCUCGAGUUGGAACAACAAGAGAACGAAAAGGAUAUGCACGCUUGGUUUGUCGGCAGGGAGGCUUACUCGGCCAGUAUACCGCUCCCGAAAGCGACCGACCAACACGGGGACGUGCUGCUUGCGUGGGGGAUGAACGGAGAAACACUCCCGAGGGAUCACGGGUUCCCACUCAGGGUGGUGGUGCCGGGGAAUGUGGCUGCCAGGAGCGUAAAGUGGCUGCGCAGGAUUGUCAUCUCGGACGAGGAGGCGACGAGUCAGUGGCAGAGGAGGGAUUACAAGAGCUUUGGGCCGAACGAAGGGGGCAAGGAGGAUUGGGACAAGGCGCCGAGCAUACAGGAGAUGCCGGUGACGAGCGCGAUAACGGGGGUCUGGGUGGGGGAGUGUGUCAAGAAAGUUUCUUGGAUGCCGGGGGGAGGUAUUGGAAGUGGGGAGAGGGUGAAUGGGGGGGGGAGAACGAUUGAUAUGGCGGCUACACCGCAAAAGGUGGGCUUCACCCCCAAACCGACCUCUUCUGACGGCAACACCCCCUGUCCGGAAACAACACCGGACAAUGAACCCAUUGCCCUCCAGGGAUACGCCUACUCUGGCGGGGGCAGAAAAAUCACGCGCGUUGAUGUCUCCCUCGACGGCGGCGCGACGUGGGACCAGGCCCAGCUCGUGGACGACUGUUCCAACCCAGCCACGCCGUGCUAUGGGAACAAGAGCUGGGGGUGGACAAGGUGGAGAUACAACGGUACUCUUCCCGUCCUCUCCCUCCCACCCACUGUCCCCUUACCCCCGGCCCUGGCAAAGGUUGGGCAGGACUGCGAGGAUGGAUUCGGCCGGUCGGUGAGCUUGAUGGGACAGUUGCCUAAGAAGCAGUGCACCACGCUUAUUGUCAAGGCCACGGACGAGAGUUACAAUACCCAGCCGGAGAGCCACAAGGGGAUAUAUAAUGUCCGGGGCAACCUGGCGACGGCGUGGCAUAGGGUAAAGAUUUGUCCCGAGUGCACCAAGGGGAACGGGGGUAAGGGAGGGUUGGUGUGGAAUACGGGGGAGACGUAUGGGUGUGGGUUCAGGAAGGAGGCGGAAGAGGUUAGGGAGGGGAUGAGGGCUGCUUCUGAGAGUACUGGGAAUGGCAAGUGA